AUGUCGUCCACUCUCUACGUCGAGCCAUACAAUGGCACCAUCGACACGGGGGGUGACUCUCUCACCGAGGACUUGAACAUUUACUACGAGGUUCGAUCUCCCUUCCGCUCACGCUCCCGCUUCCCGCUCCUCCCCACCAAAACGAAUACCAAGCCAAUGAGUGGUGACUUCGCGUGGAUCAUGACCUCGACUGCGCUUGUGCUGCUCAUGAUUCCCGGUGUCGGAUUCUUUUACUCGGGCCUUGCUCGACGCAAGUCGGCCCUCUCCCUUAUCUGGCUGUCCAUGAUGUCGGUGGGAGUCGUCAGUUUCCAAUGGUUCUUCUGGGGCUACAGCUUGACCUUUUCCCACUACGGCGCCAGUGGUUUCAUCGGCGAUCUCUCCAACUUCGGUCUCAUGAAUGUACUCGGUGCGCCCUCGGUUGGUAGCACCAAGGUGCCCGACAUUUUGUUUUGCCUAUACCAAGGCAUGUUCGCCGCCAUUACUCCCGCCCUUGCCAUUGGUGCCGCUGUCGACCGUGCUCGCAUGCUUCCCUGCAUUGUUUUCAUGUUUAUCUGGGCCACCAUCGUCUACGACCCUAUUGCGUACUGGACGUGGAACGCCAAUGGCUGGUCGUUCGUCAUGGGUGGUCUCGACUUUGCCGGUGGAACGCCCGUUCACAUCUCAUCGGGUGCUGCUGCGCUCGCCUACUCGCUCAUGCUCGGAAAGCGAACCGGAUACUCCAAGUCGGCCGGCCUACCCUACCGACCGCAUAACGUGACCCACGUCGUUCUUGGCACGGUAUUUCUCUGGGUGGGUUGGUUCGGCUUCAACGGAGGUUCGGCUCUGGCAGCUAACCUGCGCGCCGUCAUGGCCUGCAUGGUAACUAACAUUGCCGCGUCCGUUGGUGGCGUUACCUGGUGCCUGCUUGACUACCGUCUAGAGAAGAAGUGGUCUGUGGUGGGUUUCUGCUCCGGCGCCAUUGCCGGCCUCGUUGCCAUCACCCCUGGCUCGGGUUUCACCACUCCCUGGGCUGCUUUCAUCUUUGGCGUUGUUGGUAGUAUUGCCUGCAACUUCGCCACCAAGCUCAAGUUUGUGCUUGGCAUUGACGAUGCCCUCGAUAUCUUUGCUGUGCACGGCAUUGGUGGUAUUGUCGGCAAUUUGCUGACUGGUCUCUUCGCCGCUGACUACAUAGCUCACCUAGACGGCUUCACCGUGAUACCCGGCGGCUGGAUCAACCACAACUACGUGCAGCUCGGCUACCAAUUGGCCGAUAGCGUGGCCGGCUUCUCGUACUCGUUCGUCAUGACGUGCCUGAUCUUGUUCCUGAUGAACUUCGUGCCCGGCCUCAGCCUGCGCGUGUUGCCCGAGGAGGAGGACAUGGGCAUCGACGACGGCCAGCUCGGAGAGUUCGCCUACGACUACGUCGAGCUACAACGCCACACCAGCGACGGGCACCCUCAAGGUGUCAUCAACGGCGGUAGCAGCACCGAGGUGACGCACACCAAUGGCGAAGGACCGGAAAAAAUGGUGUAG